AUGGGACGGCCCUUCCUGUGUGUACAGCGGGCCCACGGCCAUCACACUGCCGUCUGGAGUGAACUGACUGCCCCGAGGCCUGGGGAGCUGGGUCACCACCUGGCUUCCGCAGUUCACCCUGUCCACUACAAAAACGACCUCCUACCCUCAAACCAGCUCCCAACCCCCAUGCACAGGAACCCAGUCCUCUUGGGCCCCGGCUUCGCCCAGCAGGGGGCGCCCAGGAGUCUCAGACUCGGGGGAAUGAAAGCCGGGAGCGCCGUGCGGCUAGCAGGCAGGUUGGCUGGAAGCCGCGAGCUUGUGCUGAACAGCUCCGAGGCCGGCCAGAGGCCCGUGCACCGCCCGGCAUUUGUCCAGCCCCAGCUGUCAUCUGCAGGUGCCGGUCCGGUUACCCUCACCGCGGGCCAGGAGCAGCGAGGAGGAAAGCGCCCUGCGGCCGUGGGAUCCGCCGCCCAGGUGCUCCCCGGGCUCCUCCCCCUGCGCACACUUGUUCCGGUUUCCGACCCCGCAGAGUCCCGGAGCCGCGCCCUAACGAACUCUCACUGCCCCUGGUCCGGGCUUGCUUCUCUGGGAUUCCAGAGCCCUAUCGGUCCCUAUCUGCGGCCGUGCAGCGCGGAACUCUGCCGGGAGCCCCUACGGAGGCGCCAAAUACACAAAGGAGAGUUGGUGGGGAGGCGCACCAUGACGACCGCGCCGGGACCUGCGCGUCACCCCCACGGCGCCCCUGUGGUGCCUUUCAGAGGCAGAGGUUGCAGUGAGCCGAGAUGGCACCAUGGCACUCCAGCCUGGGCGACAGAGCGAGACUCAGUCUCAAAAAAAAAGAAGUGGCUGGCAGGAUCUGGAGACAGAUUGGAGCCUCCCCACCUCCUUCCCUUCCUCCUCUGCCCUCCCCCGCCCCACCUCCAGCAGCCCCCACCCUGUGUGCUGGCCGUGGAGCAGAAGCCACAGUCACUUCCUGAAGACAGCGGCCCCAGCUCGGGUCCCCCUCAUCCAGUGGCCCAUCACCUGCCUGCAGCCAUGGAGAGCCAUCAGGACUUCCGGAGCAUCAAAGCAAAAUUCCAGGCCUCUCAGCCGGAGCCCAGCGACCUGCCCAAAAAACCCCCGAAGCCUGAGUUCAGUAAACUCAAGAAGUUCCCCCAGCCUGAGCUAAGCGAGCACCUCAAGAAACCCCCGCCGCCUGAGUUCACUGACCUCCCCAAGAAACCCCCGCCGCCUGAGUUCACUGACCUCCCCAAGAAACCCCCGCCGCCUGAGUUCACUGAUCUUCCCAAGAAACCCCCGCCGCCUGAGUUCACUGACCUUCCCAAGAAACCCCCGCUGCCUGAGUUCACUGACCUUCCCAAGAAACCCCCGCCGCCUGAGUUCACUGACCUUCCCAAGAAGCCAUCCAAACUGGAGUUCAGUGACGCCUCCAAGAAGUUCCCCCAGCUGGAGGCCACUCCAUUUCCAAGGAAGCCCCCGCAGCCUGAGGUCGGUGAGGCCCCUGUGAAGGCCUCGCUGCCAGAGCCCAACACGCCUGUCUGGAAACCCCUGCAGUCCGACGAGCUCAGUCACCCCACCAGACCCCCAUCUGAACCCAAAUCCAGUGCAUUCCCCAGGAAGCUCUGGCAGCCCGAGGCCAGUGAGGCUACCCCAAAGCCCCCGCAGCCUGAGUUCAGUACCUUUCCCAGGAAGCCCGCGCAGCCUGAGGUCAACAUGCACCCCAAAAAGCCCCCGCAGCCUCCGGUCGGUAGCCUCCCUAGGAAGUCCCUGCCGCAGCCUGAGUCCAGUGACGUCCCUCAGACACCGCCCUGGAAGCCUGAGUCCACUGAGUCCCUCCCCCACUCCCCGAAGCCCAACUUCAGUAGCAUUCCCAAGAAGCCGGUGCAGCCCGAGUUCAGUGCGCACCCCAGAAAGCCUCCGCAGCCUCAGGCGGAUGGCCUCCCUAAGAAGUCCGUGCCGCAGCCUGAGUUCAGCGAGGCGGCUCAGACUCCUCUCUGGAAGCCUCAGUCCGGUGAGCCGAAGCACGACUCCAGCGCCUUUCCCAAAAAGGCCUCCCAGCCUCCGCUGAGUGACUUUCCCAAGAAGCCUCCGAAGCCUGAGCUUGGGGACCUCACAAGGACCUCCUCAGAGCCCGAAGUCAGCGUGCUUCCCAAGAGGCCGCGGCCCGCCGAGUUCAAAGCGCUCUCCAAGAAGCCCCCGCAGCCCGAGCUGGGCGGCCUCCCCAGGACCUCCUCAGAGCCCGAGUUCAACUCCCUCCCCAGGAAGUUGCUGCAGCCGGACCGCCGGGGGCCACCCCGCAAGUUCUCACAGCCUGAACCCAACGCUGUCCUCAAGAGACACCCGCAGCCUGAGUUCUUCGGUGAUCUCCCUCGAAAGCCCCUACUCCCCAGCUCCGCUUCCGAGAGCUCACUGCCUGCGGCCGUGGCCGGCUCCAGCUCCCGGCACCCGCUCAGCCCUGGGUUUGGAGUUGCUGGGACACCCCGCUGGAGGUCAGGAGGCCUUGUUCACAGUGGAGGGGCCAGGCCAGGCCUCAGACCCAGCCAUCCACCCCGGCGGAGGCCUCUGCCCGCUGCCAGCAGCCUGGGACCCCCUCCAGCCAAGCCCCCGCUGCCCCCGGGCCCCGUGGAUAUGCAGAGCUUUCGGAGACGCUCUGCAGCAUCCACAGAUCUACGGAGGACGCGCUCGGCCGCUGCGCUCCACUUCCAGGCCCGACAGCCUGAAGACAUCCCACAGAUCCCAGAUGAGAUCUACGAGCUGUAUGACGACGUGGAACCCAGAGAUGACUCCAGCCCCAGCCCCAAGGGCAGAGAUGAAGUACCCUCGGUUCAGCAAGUCACCAGGAGGCCACCACAAGACUCAGCACUCAGGAAGGAGAAGGAUCCCCCGCCACAGCAGUUGCCACCCAUGGACCCAAAGUUGCAGAAGCAGCUGAGGAAGGCAGAGAAGGCGGAGAGGGAGUUCCGGAAGAAGUUCAAGUUUGAAGGGGAGAUCGUGGUUCACACGAAGAUGAUGAUUGACCCCAAUGCCAAGACGCGCCGUGGGGGCGGCAAGCACCUCGGGAUCCGGCGCGGGGAGAUCCUGGAGGUGAUCGAGUUCACCAGCAAUGAGGAGAUGCUGUGCCGGGACCCCAAGGGCAAAUAUGGCUACGUGCCCAGAAUAGCGCUCCUGCCCCUGGAGACGGAGGUGUACGAUGAUGUCGACUUCUGCGACCCCCUGGAAAACCAGCCACUUCCCCUGGGACGGUAAGGCCGGUAGGCAUGGGGCAAGGACAGCCGGCCAGUCCAGCGCCCGCUCACCCAGGAGCCCUGGAACCCAGCGCGGGAGUUACAGAGCUGCCCGGGCUUGUGCCUGGCCACAUAAAGUCCAUUUAAAGCA